AUGUCGUCGCAUCAUGAUGCUAGCAAGCCUGAUGCUAGCAAGCCUAGUGCUAGAAUCGAGAAAAUCAAGAGUGGUGUUACUUCACCAUAUAAAUUCAGAGACUACGACUUGCAGGUCCUGAAUAACUGCACAGUAGAACUGGAUGUGGCGACCUUAGAUAAUUUAUUUCGCGACUAUUUCUCAAAUGAUUCUCAUGAUUCUCAUGAAAAAGAAUAUAAGCGUCUACUGACAAAUAACGAAGACCACACGUCGAGCAACAAGAAAGUUUGGAUUACCAAUUUAAUGCCGGCGACCAAAAUUACCAAACGGGAAGAGAACACUCCCGAUCCCGCUCCCGCUACAAGAGACCGGAGAGCGAGACUGUCAAUGAAGAUUCAAGUAGCACUUCUGGCGACGAUACCUUGGGGAUCAGGAAAAUUCGCUCGCAUAGAUCAAUGCCAAGGUCCUUUUCCUGGCUAUACACAUUCACUUGUCGAAAGCCAAAAUUCGGAGAUGAAGUGGAGUGGUAGACCCGAACCGAUCAGUCCCUUUGUCUUUGUCCAUAGGUAUCACAAACAGGAUCGAACUGUUCCAUACUACGGAUAUUACCUGACAAAUAGUACACGAUUUGGUCUAUGCGCGGAAAGGACCGAAGGAGAAAAGGCAGACUCAUCGAGGAAGGCCAAAAUGAUAAUGAGUCAAUUUGGUCCUGGCUCAGUUAACUCCGAAGCAGGUAUGAAAUAUUCUGUAUCAAAAAUCUCCAAUCUAUGUGAUGCAGUUCGUGGAACUCCAAAAGAUUCAUGUACCCAUGAAAGAUACAGGGUCAGGACUUAUUCGCUUCUGGAAUACAAAAACGGUACUACGGUCGACGAACAAUACCCCUCGAUAUCUAUUCGUAAUAGACUUAGGAAUAAAGUCGCAUAUAAGAGUGUCCUAAGCGGACUUGGCAAAUUACUAAAAGAACCAGGUGGAAACGUCAUAUUGGCCAAAAACAAAGGUGAAAUAUGGAAACUCGUCAGAAAAGUGAUGGAACCUAUCUCUCGAAACCGAACGCCUUACGACUCCGCAUAA